AUGAUUGGAUGUGUUGCUGCGCAGUCCAUUAGGGAACCAGCAACUCAAAUGACUCUAAAUACCUUCCAUUUUGCUGGUGUCAGUGCCAAGAAUGUUACCCUUGGAGUUCCCAGAUUGAGAGAGAUAAUUAAUGUCACCAAGAAGAUAAAAACUCCAUCGUUGUCUGUUUACCUAAAGCCUGGGUUGAACAAGACAAAAGAAUUGGCUAAGAGUGUCCAAUGUGCUUUAGAGUACACCACACUAUGCAGUGUGACUCAUGCCACUGAAGUAUGGUAUGAUCCUGAUCCUAUGGGAACCAUCAUUGAAGAGGAUUUGGAAUUUGUCUGGUCAUAUUAUGAAAUGACUGAUGAGGAUAUUGACCCGGAUAAGAUUUCUCCUUAG